ACACAUUUUGUACCUACCGAAUGCACCGGCAGUGUUUGAAUCAAACAGAAAAAUGAACAUUGAAUUAUUAAUAAUAUUGAUUUUCGGAGUUAUUGCGAGUGCAACAUAUAAAGUUGCUGUUAUUGAAUAUCUGAGAGAAGUUUAUAAUGGAUUUGAAGCUAAUAUUAAACACAAUUUGGACAAUUAUUUAAAAAUAAUUGAUAAUAUUGUAAAUGAAACUCAGAAAUUGGAUUUGAUUGUUUUUCCUGAGGGGACCUUAGUAUUUCAACCUUCUUAUACAAAAGAAGAAUUAUUAAAACAUGCAGCUCGAUUACCAAUUGAUAAUGCAACAAUUCCAUGCUUGGAAACAGUCGAAACAACUAGUUCCUAUGUUCAAAAGUUGUCAUGUUCGAGUAAAACUCAUAAUGUUUAUAUCUCAGUUAAUAUAAUCGAAAAAACCGACUCUGGGGAAUUAUUCAACGCAAAUAUUGUUUUCGACCGCCAAGGCCGCUUAGUUUCAAAAUAUCGUAAAAUGUAUCCACUGGCAGGAGAAAAAUUCAUCAGCUCAGGGAAUACUGUGGAAUAUUUCCAAACUGAUUUUGGCGUGACUUUUGGAGUGUUUAUUUGCUUUGACAUAUUUUUUAAGAACGCAUACACGGAUGCUCUCGAUGAAAAUGUGGAUGCUUUUAUUUUUCCAAGUUAUUGGUAUUCUGAACUUCCAUAUCUUUCAUCGACACAGAUGCAAAAAAUGUGGGCUUCAUUACACGGAAAGACCCUUCUUGCAAGUGGUGGUAGUAAUGGAAAUACAGGAACAAGUGGUAGUGGUAUUUAUUCAGGAAGUUAUUCUUAUGCAAGUUACCUGUCGGGUACAACAAAUACCAAAGUCUUAAUAGCAAAUUUAACAAAAUCAUCAGAAUCGAAACAGAACAAAAAACAUAAAACUCAAUCAAAUCAUAGCAGAGAUUUAAAUAACUUUAAUUUUAUUACCAAACGUCCCGAAAUGAUCAAAUAUCCAUUAAAUCAAAACGAUGCACAUAAAGACAUUGAAGAGACUCUGUGUCAUAAUGAGUUUUGUUGUAAUUUCAAAGUAGACGUAAAUGAUACUAGCGGAUUAGUUUUUACUAUUUAUAAUGGUUUGCAACCAUUUAUAGGAUUCGGUAAACUGGGAAUUCAAUUAUGUGCGGUAUUGCAGUGUGAAGAUACUAAUUGUUUUAAAAUGCCCAGUGAUGAGUAUUUUCAGAAGAACUUUAAAGUUUUGGAAGUUAAAGUAGUCAACGCAACUGUAGGAGCAGAUUAUUACCCAAAUAUAGCACUAAAAACUUUAUUUUUCAUGCCAACGGAAAAUUAUAGCUGGACAGGUACAAAUUUACACCUGAAAUUAUUGCAAGAAACAGCUGGAAUUUACACAUUUGGAUUUUAUGGUCGAAAUUACAAAAUUGAUGAGAUACAAUAAAAAGCAAUGUUGCUUACAGACAACAAAAAAUCUGUAGUUAAAAAACAACGGUCUAGUUCUUAAGUGCAUUUAAUAAUUCAGCUAAAAAUUCAGCUACUUAACAACUACUACCUUAUCGCUUAACUUAAUGUAUAUAUUUUUAAAUUGAUAGUACAAAUUUGUCUAAUAAAGUUGACGCAAAUAA